UUUUCUUCAGCUCUUCCAAAAGGAGGACCGAAAAUACAGGGUACGAAAGCACAAUAUAGCCCUGGGGACGAGGUUAAUGUGACUUGCACUGCAGCGCCCUCUAAGCCUGUUGCAAUCAUCAAAUGGUAUAUUAAUGAUGAAGAGGCUCCAGAAAAUAGCGUUGAAACUCUCGUCACAAAACGACACCCUGACGGACUCCAGAGCUCCAAAUCUGCUUUACAUUUCGGAGUUCUUCCUUCCCAUUUGAAAAACAACGCUCUCAAGUUGCGUUGUACGGCAAUAAUCUCCCAAGCCUACUCGAUGAGGAGCAAAGAAAUUAUAAUUGGAAACACGGUUAGGCCUUCUGGUUUGUACACUGCGGUAGAUGGCCCCACCAUUAGCGGAGGACUGCCUAAGUAUCAAGUUGGUGACCUUGUAGAUGUAAGGUGUACAUCGUCUAAAUCACAGAGCCCAGCGAAACUGGCUUGGUUUAUCAACGAUAAGAUGGCAAGUCCCGAUCUUACGGUGAAUCAACCGCCGGUUGACGACAAAAUGGGACUAAAGGCAUCAGUGUUAGGGCUGAAGUUUACAGUGCAGGCUGAACACUUCCAUAAAGGAGAGAUGAGAUUGAAAUGUACGGCUACUUUAUCUAAGGUCAUCAACACCAGUAGUGAAGAAACCGUUAUAGGAGCCAGCCAUCUCAGUUCGGGACUCCAUAUUUUGGAAAAUUCGGAGAAAGUUCACGACAAUGGAAGCAAAUCCUUCACGGUUAGCUGGAUAUCUCUAGUUUCAACAUAUUUUGUAAUUAUAUUUUUGUUUUAACUUCUGACAAAAGAAUAAAUGUCAGCAGUAUACAAGUUGACUAUGUAUUAUUGAUGUUGCCAUACCUGUUUUUGUGAUUGUGAUCAUCUGUCAUCUUCUUCUGGUAAGCAUCUUAUAUUGAAAGCCGAAGGAUAGGAUCCAGUUUUCAGAUUGUGUCAAAUUUGUGCUGAUGAACCGAACAGAUGAAGCUUCGUGUCUUUUUUCAUUAAUACAACGCCAAUAAUGUAUAUGUAAAUUUAUUUAGUAGUGUUGUAGAUGCAUGCUUAAAUUCAAAUUCCCUAAGUUAUUAUCUUCGUAAGAACGUUUCACAAAAUAUUUCUAUUCUAAUCUUGGAAACGCUAUUGAAAAGUAGAACGAUGGCUAAAAAAUAGCCGAUCAACAACUAUCUACAAGAGAAGAUAAACGGAGUAUGAUGCAAUCAUUAAAGUAUGUAAAAUGUUUUUCCUCAUUUUAAUUACUAUUAUUAUUUGCAAUUCAAUGAGUUCUAGAAAAUCAGGCAUCCAUGAUAGCAAAAGGCAAACAAAAUAUGUGAAGGUGAGAAGAUAUAUUUUGAUGCUUUUUUCUAAAUCGAAGUUAAACGUUUGUCUCGUGGCUUUAGGAUCAGUAUGAAAGGACCCGACAUUUUGAGGGUAUAGGCCAAGAAAUCUUUAACAUCGAGACUGAGUUUGGAACCUGUAAUACAAUUGACAAGCGACGUUUGUCCUGUGUCACGAAGUUCUUCGGUGUCUUUCACCUAACGUGUCGUUGUAAAUUAAGAUUCUGCUAUAAAGGACAAUAAAUUUGUACUCAGUAAAGUGAUUUUCUAACAAUCUGGUCAGAGAUAGAUUGAUAACGAUUAAGAAAAUUUUAAAUUCACUCAGAAGUAUUUAUGUUGAGAUAUCUGAUCGUGUAUAAAUAAUUGAAUUUGUUUAACGAAGUUGUAGUAAGAAGUAAAUUGAUAUUUUCAACAUAUUAAAUGAUUUGGUUAAAUAGAAACUAUAGAUAUGUAAUUCUCCUUAGUGUGAAGUUUUUUGUUUUUUGUGUAUAGCAUGUUAUUUAUCAUAUUCAGUGUUAUAGGUUCAAUAUGUUUAAUUCUAAAACUUUUGCUUUUAAUAUUAAAUGUAUUUAGAAAUAGUACUAAUUGUUUAGUUAUUUUGUUUUAAACCAAUUUACGCAUUUAA